AUGGAGAAUUGGAAAGAUUUCAAACUGUCUUCACUAGCUAUCACGCAUCACUCUGGCUUCACAGCGAGGGAUUGUGUGCUGAUGUUAGUAGAUGAGAUCUGUGGGCUUAAUAAAGGCGCAGGGUCCUCUGAUGAGCACAGUCGCAGUGGACGCCCUGAUGGGACUAUGGAUAACUCCCAACCGGGAGAAGAGGUUGAUAGUUCGUCAAAGUAUCCUGCGUUUUCGAACCCUGGAGAGCGAUAUCAAUUUCGCUUCGAAGGGGCCGGAGAUUAUGCACCCUUCUUGCGGAUGUCGCAAGGCACUUUCCGUGACGCAAAUUGUCUUGUCGAUUCAACCUGUCGCCUUGACAAAAAAGACCUGGAGGGAUGGCGCUUCUUGCAAGGUGCCUCUUCAACUACCCGAGAAUACCGUGGAAUUGAUUGCGUGAAUUUGUUCUUGAACACAUUUUGUGACUCUAAUGGGACAUAUCGUGGAGUUAGUAUAGAAAAGAUACUAAAGGAUCUUGAUCCUAUAUAUUCGGAGUGGUCGCUUGCUGCCGAAGUCGUCACACGAGCACUCAAUUCCGUUCCGAAUAAGAAGCGCGAGGAAGCCCAAAAGAUUCCAUUAGCACGUUUUGAAGACUAUCGAUCGCGAGGACUAAUUUUCGCGAAAUACACUGAGCAAGACAUAGACAAUAUCGUUGAAGAUUUGGAUGCAAUACUAGAGUUCGUUCCCUCCGACAUAGAUAUCACAGAAUGGCCCUUAGUGAAGCAAAACCAACGGAUACUCAGUAUGAUGGAAAGGCGAGCUACGCGUGCUAGGCGUCCAGAACGUCGUCCACAAGAAAGGGUCGAACGACUGGAGGCUCACAACAAGAGAGCUCGAAGAUCAGCGACAUAUCCCGAAUCAGAUAGUACCGCCACUAGAAGCCCUUGCACUAUCACGUGA